AUGGGGCUGUCGUCUCCAAGAUCCGAGUCUCUGUCGGCGUCGGCCAUGGCGUACGCCGGCACCGGUAACGCGAGUGUGGCUAAUGGCGUCGGCGCGCGUUGUGUCGCGUACUGUAGUGUAAUGCGGACUGAGUGUUCGUUGUCGGUUAGCGCGACCGUGGCGUCCCCGCGGACCUCACCGAAGACUCCGCCCCGAGGCGUCUCGCGUCACGGCGAAUCAACGUAG